AUGCAGCAGUCACGCACACGGGCCAUUGCCGCGCUCAAGGGCACACGCAACUUUUCGACCUGCGCACAGCGAUGCUCCGCCGCGCCCUUCAAGCGGCCAGCCCAGGCCGCCACGACAAAAAUCGUCAAGGAAGAUGCGAAACGGCCGCAGAGCACCGCGGCCGCCACACAGCAGCCCAGCCGGGCACGCCCGUCGCCAGCCUUCAACCGCGAGGACUACAGCAACAUCCAGCCAUUGAAGCCCUACCGCGCCGCUGAGAUGGACCACUCGUUUGUCGGCAUGACGGGUGGCCAGAUCUUCCACGAGAUGAUGCUGCGCCAGGACGUCAAGCACAUCUUCGGCUACCCGGGCGGUGCCAUUCUGCCCGUCUUCGACGCCAUCUACCAGUCCAAGCACGUCGACUUCAUCCUCCCACGACAUGAGCAGGGCGCCGGCCACAUGGCCGAGGGUUACGCCCGCGCCAGUGGCAAGCCCGGUGUCGUGCUCGUCACCUCGGGGCCCGGCGCUACCAAUGUCGUCACCCCCAUGCAGGAUGCUCUGAUGGACGGAACCCCCAUGAUCGUCUUCUGCGGACAGGUCGUCACAAGCGCCAUCGGCUCAGACGCUUUCCAGGAGGCCGACAUGAUUGGCAUCACGCGAGCAUGCACAAAGUGGAACGUCAUGGUGAAGAACAUUGCAGAGCUGCCGAGGAGGAUCAACGAGGCCUUUGAGAUUGCCACAAGUGGACGCCCAGGACCCGUGCUUGUUGAUUUGCCCAAGGACGUCACUGCCGCCACCCUCUCGCGACCCAUCCCCAUGGCCAGCACCCUCCCUGCGCCUACAAGCGCUGCCACCAUUGCUGCGAGGGAGGCGAGCAGGGGUCAGCUCGAGGCUUCGCUCAGGAAAUGCGCCGGCUUGAUCAACAUGGCCAAGAAGCCUGUCAUCUAUGCUGGACAGGGUAUCGUGCAGGCUGAGAACGGACCUGAGCUUCUGAAGGAACUUGCGGAGAAGGCGAACAUUCCCGUUACCACCACUCUGCAGGGUCUUGGAGGGUUCGACGAGCUCGACCCCAAGUCGCUGCAUAUGCUCGGCAUGCACGGCUCAGCAUACGCCAACAUGGCUAUGCAGGAGGCUGAUCUGAUUAUCGCUCUCGGUGCACGCUUUGAUGAUCGUAUCACAGGAGCUCUUGCCAAGUUUGCCCCUGCGGCCAAGGCGGCGGCGGCGGAAGGCCGGGGUGGAAUCAUUCACUUCGAGGUCAUGCCCAAGAACAUCAACAAGGUCGUUCAGGCGACUGAGGCCGUUGUGGGCGAUGUCGGCACCAACCUCACUCAGCUCAUGCCUCUUGUCAACAUUGUAAAAGACAGGCCAGAAUGGUUCACCCAGAUUACCGACUGGAAGAAGCGCUUCCCCUGGAGCUACGAGAAGGAGGGCGAGAACGGUCUGAUCAAGCCGCAGACUGUCAUCGAGAAGCUCUCAAACUUGACCGCCGACAGGAAGGAGGAGACCAUCAUCACAACGGGUGUUGGACAGCAUCAAAUGUGGACAGCCCAACACUUCCGGUGGAGAUACCCACGUACCAUGAUCACAUCCGGCGGUCUAGGCACAAUGGGCUACGGCCUGCCAGCCGCCAUCGGCGCAAAGGUCGCCCGUCCAGACUGCCUAGUCAUCGACAUCGACGGCGACUCAUCCUUCAGCAUGACCCUAACCGAGCUGUCCACAGCCGCAGAGUUCAACAUCGGCGUCAAGAUCAUCAUCCUCAACAACGAGGAGCAAGGCAUGGUCACACAAUGGCAAACCCUCUUCUACGAAGACCGCUUCUCGCAAACACAUCAGAAGAACGCCGAUUUCGUCAAGUUGGGCGACGCCAUGGGCGUCCAGGCCCAGCGCUGCAUCAAGCCAGACGAGCUAGAUGAGAAGCUCAAGUGGCUCCUCGAUUCUGAGGGUCCUGCCCUGCUGGAAAUCGUCACGGAUCAGAAGGUCCCUGUUCUGCCCAUGGUGCCUACAGGUAGUGCGCUGCAUGAGUUCUUGGUCUAUGACCCAGAAGUACAAAAGAAGCGCAGAGCGCAGACUAAGGAGAGGACUGGUCGCUAG